AUGCUGAGCCAAGGCCUUUGCAAGCCUGAGGUGGCAGACUCAACGGAGCACUACAUUGGGUUUGAGACAGACCUCCAAGAUCUGGAGAUGAAGUAUUUAUUGCAGAAAACGGACCGCCGGAUUGAGGUCCAUGCAAUCUUCAUCAGCAACGACAUGCGUCUCAAUAGCUGGUUUGACCCUUCCUGGCGCAAAAGGAUGCUCCUUACUCUGAAGAGCAACAAGUACAAAUCCAGCCUGGUCCAUAUGAUCUUGGGUCUCUCUCUCCAAAUUUGCCUAACAAAGAACAGCACCUUGGAGCCUGUCCUGGCUGUUUACGUCAACCCUUUUGGAGGCAGCCACUCCGAGAGUUGGUUUAUGCCUGUCAAUGAAAACAGUUUCCCAGACUGGGAGCGGACUAAACUGGACUUACCGCUUCAGUGUUAUAACUGGACGCUGACUCUAGGCAACAAGUGGAAGACCUUUUUUGAAACGGUCCACAUCUACUUGAGGAGUCGUAUUAAGUCGAAUGGUCCCAAUGGCAAUGAAAGCAUCUAUUAUGAACCGCUGGAGUUUAUCGAUCCCUCCCGCAACCUGGGCUACAUGAAAAUCAACAACAUCCAAGUGUUCGGCUACAGCAUGCACUUUGACCCGGAAGCAAUCCGGGACCUGAUUUUGCAGCUGGACUACCCUUAUACUCAGGGAUCCCAGGACUCUGCUCUCUUGCAACUACUAGAGAUAAGGGACCGUGUAAAUAAACUCUCUCCACCCGGUCAACGUCGUCUAGACCUUUUCUCAUGCCUGCUGCGUCAUAGACUCAAGCUGUCUACCAGCGAGGUGGUGAGAAUUCAGUCUGCUUUGCAGGCCUUCAAUGCCAAAUUGCCAAACACAGUGGAUUAUGACACAACCAAAUUAUGUAGUUAA